UUGUGUUUAGAUAGGGUCAUGUCUGCUAGCAGUAAAUAGCAGUAUUUGCCGAAAAUACCCAUUAUGUUGACAUUGGGCCGUGUAUUUAAAUUAUAAAUAUAAUAAUUACAUUAAUAUAGUAAAAAUGACAACGUUACUUUUUAAAUUCGUGAAAAACACGAGUGUCUUGCAUAAAGUAAAUCGUCAACCGAAUCUCGUGAAAAUUUGCAGAACAACAACAAGUCCAUCAGGUGCAAUUCUUCCUGAACCGAAACGACCACGUUUUGGUUUUGUUGGCAUUGUUUGUGGAAUUGCUUUUGGUUUAUUUGUUGGAGCUGCUAUUAGUAAAAAUAUAGCCAAUUUUUUGGAAGAAAACGAUCUUUUUGUCCCAUCAGAUGACGACGACGAUGAUGAUUGAUUUUUGUAUUUUUAGACAAAAAAAAAAAAAAAUGAAACUUCAACGAUAUUACAAAUUUUCUCAACAAUCAAUUAUUAUUAUUAUAGGAAAAAUAGUUGCUUUAUUCAAGCUAAAGGAGAAAUUAUCCUUUUUCUCGGAUUGCGAUUAAAUUUUCAUUUGUGAAAAAAAAUACUUCAAUUCCACAAUUUAAAG